GUGCUCCGCGCGCGCGUGCGCCUGUGUGCGCCGGUGGCCGCCGCCGGGGCCGCUUCCCGGGUCCGCCUGCCUGGGCGCCGCUCGCCCCUUCGCCCGCCUUUCUCCGCGGGACGAUGAAGCCCUAGAGCCCCGCGGGCCGUAGCAGCCGUUCGCCGCCAGCAUGUUCGGUCGCUCCCGCAGCUGGGUGGGCGGCGGGCACGGGAAGGCCGCUCGCAGCAUCCACUCCUUGGACCACCUCAAGUACAUGUAUCAUGUUUUGACCAAAAACACAACAGUAACAGAUCACAACCGCAACCUGCUGGUAGAGACUAUUCGUUCUAUAACAGAGAUCCUGAUAUGGGGGGAUCAGAAUGACAGCUCCGUAUUUGACUUUUUCUUGGAGAAGAAUAUGUUUGUUUUCUUCUUGAACAUCUUGCGUCAGAAGUCUGGCCGUUACGUGUGUGUACAGCUCCUGCAGACUCUGAACAUCCUUUUUGAGAACAUCAGCCAUGAAACAUCACUGUACUACCUGCUCUCUAAUAACUAUGUAAAUUCUAUUAUUGUCCACAAAUUUGAUUUUUCUGAUGAAGAGAUCAUGGCAUAUUAUAUAUCAUUUUUGAAAACUCUUUCCCUGAAACUCAAUAACCACACUGUACAUUUCUUUUAUAAUGAGCACACUAAUGACUUUGCUUUGUACACUGAAGCUAUUAAAUUUUUUAACCACCCAGAAAGCAUGGUCAGGAUUGCUGUUAGGACUAUAACUUUAAAUGUCUACAAAGUGGACAACCAACCUAUGCUGCAUUACAUUAGAGAUAAAACUGCUGUCCCUUAUUUCUCCAACCUGGUUUGGUUUAUCGGAAGCCACGUGAUAGAACUGGAUAACUGUGUGCAGACUGAUGAAGAGCACAGAAAUAGGGGCAAACUGAGUGACCUGGUAGCGGAACAUCUUGAUCAUUUACAUUACCUUAAUGACAUCCUUAUCAUUAAUUGCGAAUUUUUAAAUGAUGUGCUGACAGACCACCUACUUAAUAGACUCUUUCUUCCACUCUAUGUGUAUUCGUUAGUAAAUCAAGAUAAGAGUGGAGAGCGUCCAAAAAUAAGUCUCCAAGUUUCUCUCUAUCUUCUUUCUCAAGUUUUUCUAAUUAUACAUUACGCCCCUUUGGUGAACUCAUUGGCUGAGGUUAUACUUAAUGGUGACCUCUCAGUGUUUUCUUCUAAAGUUGAGCAAGAUGUACAGAAAAACUCGGCAAAGUCAAGUAUCAGAUGUUUCAUAAAACCAACAGAAACACUUGAGAGGUCUCUUGAAAUCAACAAACACAAGGGGAAGAAGAGGGUGCAGAAAAGACCCAACUAUAAAAAUGUUGGUGAAGAAGAUGAAGAGGAAAGAGGAUCAGAAGAGAACCAAGAUGACCUGGAUAAAACCAAAGGUACAGAAGCGAGUUCAAAGGGCAUCCGAACAAGCAGUGAAAAUGAAGAAAUAGAGAUGGUGAUCAUGGAGAGAUGCAAACUGUCUGAAUUGUCUAUCUCUGCUGUGACAGAACAGAACACAACAGAUGAAGAAAAGAGUGCAGCUGCCUCUGGGAGUGAGAUAACAAACUGGAACAGGCCUUUUCUUGAUAUGGUCUAUAAUGCCCUGGACUGUGCUGAAGAUGAUUACUAUGCCCUCUUCGUGCUCUGUCUUCUAUAUGCGAUGUCACACAACAAAGGAAUUGACCCUGUCAAGCUGGAGCGAAUUCAACUGCCAGCUCAACAUGCUGAAGAGAGAAAUUCAUAUAAUCAUGUGCUUGCGGAAGGGCUCAUCAGGAUAAUGAAUUAUGCUGCACAGCCGGAUGGGAAAAUCCGUUUGGCAACUUUAGAACUUGGCUGCCUGUUGCUGAAGCAGCUUGUGUUCUCUAAAACUGGCAGCCUCAUAAAAGAUGUUCACCUUGCUUGCCUUGAGGGUGCAAGGGAAGAAAGUGUUCAUCUCCUUCGUCGUUUCUAUAAGGGAGAAGAAAUUUUUCUGGAUAUGUUUGAAGAUGAAUACCGGAGUAUGACGAUUAAACCCAUGAAUGUAGAGUACUUGAUGAUGGAUGCAUCAAUCUUGUUGCCUCCAACGGGGACACCACUGACUGGUAUUGAUUUUGUGAAAAGAUUGCCUUGUGGAGAUGUGGAAAGAACACGAAGAGCAAUCAGAGUUUUCUUCAUGCUCCGUUCGCUAUCGCUGCACUUGCGAGGUGAGCCAGAAACUCAGUUACCCCUCACAAGGGAGGAAGAUCUGAUAAAGACCGAUGACGUUCUCGACUUGAAUAACAGUGAUCUAAUUGCUUGUACAGUCAUAACAAAGGAUGGGGGUCAAGUUCAAAGAUUCCUGGCUGUGGAUAUUUACCAGAUGAGUUUGGUUGAGCCAGAUAUUGCCAGACUUGGCUGGGGAGUAGUUAAGUUUGCAGGUCUUUUGCAGGAUAUGCAGGUGACUGGAGUAGAGGAUGACAGCAGAGCUCUGAACAUAAUAAUUCAUAAGCCUGCCUCAAGUCCUCAUUCUAAGCCCUUUCCUAUCCUUCAAGCUACAUUUAUCUUUUCUGAUCACAUUCGCUGCAUUAUUGCAAAACAACGUCUUGCAAAAGGCCGUAUACAGGCUCGGCGUAUGAAAAUGCAGAGAAUAGCAGCUCUCCUGGAUCUUCCUGUUCAGCCUUCAACUGAGGUUCUGGGUUUUGGACAUAGCUCUGCAGCUGCAGCCCAGCACCUUCCGUUUAGAUUUUACGAUCAUGCACGACGCAGCAGCAGUGACACUACAGUGCAACGCUCUGUUUUUGCAUCUGUUGACAAAGUCCCAGGCUUUGCUGUAGCCCAGUGUAUAAAUCAACACAACCCAUCACCACUCUCAUCCCCAUCACCUUCCAGUGGCAGUGGGAGCACAGGACGCUGUGAUUCAGUGACUGCAAGCUCAACAUCCACUCCUUCGGUUGCACAGAGCCCAUCAGGUCUGGCAGGAAAGGACGUCGGCGGGUGUUUAGUCUGUCGGAGGCUGACAGUCACGGUGGACACUGGGUUUAGGUCUUCAAGCAGCAGCUGCAACAGAAACUCGCGCAAUAUCAAUUCAGAUGAUGCAUCAGCUCUGGAGCAGCCUCAGAUGACCAUUUCUGGUCAAAUGAUGUUGACUGAUGAAACUCUUCCAGCUGUCUCAAAGUCUAGCAAGAAUGCUAUAAAAACCAAUGACAUAGAAACGGCAAACCUGUCUCCCAGCCUGAUUCCUGCACAGCAGCCCACGAUAUCCUUAAUAACAGAUGACAAUACAGAUGCACUAAGUGUGGAGUCACUUACCCUGGUGCCACCGGUUGAUCCACACAGCAUCCGAACUUUCAGCUGCAUUCCCCCAACGUCUUUGCAAUCUGAAGCUGAAGUUUCCAAGGUAAAAGAGGUAGAGGAAGAAUGUUCCGAUUAAAGCCAACCUGCAGGCUGUGCUGAACAGUGAAGCAAAUGCAACCAUAUUCUUCCUUGUUUUUUCUUUGGGAGUCCAGAUAAUUCGUGAAGCCAGCGAGGCUAUCUGGUCUGCAAAAGAGCCUCACUGCCAAAAGAGAAUGUGGGCAGCUUUUACAGCAAACAUCAGAUGCUCAGCAUCUUUAAACUAGACAAGAAAAACAAACAAACCAACUUUUGAAUCUGAACUGGUUGUUUCCUACCAAUUUGUGUUAUGAAGAACAUGGAAGUAUUUCAGAGCACCUGCUUUCCUUCUGUUAUAGAGUUUCAGCUGCAGGAACUAAGUUAAUUGUAAAAGGUCUACAGUAUUAUGGCAAAGUGAAGACAUUUUUGGAUACCUGGGUUCAGGAUAUUGUAUCAUUACGUCUUUGAAACUGGAGACAUACCAUUGAUCAGAAAAAAUUAUAUACUGUAGUAGAGAGAUAGCAUUUCCAUUUGAGACAUGGUGUGUUUUUCAGUUUGGUUGGGUUUGUUUGGUUUUUGUUUUUUUAAUCCCAAUCUCAUUCAUCUUUUGGAGGUCUGCAUGAUACCAGCAGGCUUGGCCACUUCCAGUGUUGUCUUUGGAGAACUCUGGACUUCAAUAUUGUCUCUUCCGUGUGUAAUAUUUAUUUCAAGGUUUGAUUCAAAGCCAGAUAUAUGUCAAAAAGCUUUUUAAAAGGUAAAAGCCUGAAAUUUAAUGACAAAUGCUUGUUCGAAUUAACAUAAGGGAUUUUUGAGACUGCUUUAGUCGUUGGUUAACCAGCUACAGAGGAAUGUGAAAUAUUUUAAGAGAUUGCUAUAGGUUGUUUGUUCGCUUCUGACAGUCAAAUUGCUGCACCUCCUUUGUACUGAAGGAUGGCUUCUAGGAGGAGAUGGGAGCAGUUUUACUAUAAAGAGGUUUUUAAAAUGUUCAUCUUCGUGUAGGAAGGAGGUCACCACAUCUAACUGAUAAUUCCUUUUCAAGUCUGAAACUCAAAAGGAAAGGUAUUGUGUAGUUUUUUUCCUAUCUGGGAUAGUAUCACAGUUAAGCAACAUUACUACAGAAAAGUGAUCCUGAGCUUGUGCCUGCCUUACUUUGCUUCCUAGAUCUGAUACCAAGUUGACAGAAAGUAGUGGAAAAGUGUUGAUUAAAGUCUGAAAUGUUCUUUGCUGAUUUGAUACGUAAUUUAACACGAAUGUAAUGGAAGGUGUCACGUCAAUUUCCAUGUGUGUUAAUUUAAAUUAAUAGUAAAAUGAGCAGAAUGUCCUUCUUGGUCUGCUCAUAACAUGGAGUGCUUUCUGGCUCUCAAAGAUUGAAGACUGCUAUUUACUGUACUUGGUCUUGUGAUUUCAGUCGUCGGUGCAAUGUUUCCUCUUUCUAUCUCUACUAACACUGAUUUCAUAUCAAGUAGGUGAAUCUGAAAGGCUUUUACCUCUUCUUGGCUAUCAGAUGAAAUACUUGAAGUGAUUUCAAAUGUUACAUAUGCGAUUGACUAAUCCACAAGUAUAACUUUGCUCACUUUUUCCAUCUUUUCCUUCACAUAAUAACUUAAUCUUUAGAAUGUGUAUACAAGGUGUCUGCAGUUGAACACCAGCACUUUUUUUCUUCCCUCAUUAGCUUAUGCAUGGAGUUUUCUGACCAUUCCAGAGUGGCUUAAACUCUAAAUUAAUUCUGAGAGUUAGGUGUCUUCAGCACUGCUAUGGAUAUGGAUGAGAAGUUGGCAUUGCUGGUCUAAGAGCCUGCCUUUUCUUUUGCUCGUAUCCUUGGGGUGAGUUUACACAGCGGUCACUGUUGCAGGUGAUGUACGUGCACCUCAACAAGCCUGGGAUUCAAGUGGUAAUUUGGGCAUAAGGACCACAUAAAAUUGUAUCAGCUGAACUGAUGGCAGUCUAGUCUUCCUUUAGUGUGUUGCACCCUUGCACUGUACCCCUGUAAUAUUCUGAAGAUAACUGUAAAAAUGAUGCCUUAUUUAAUUUGAAAGCAUUUUAUCUUAGUUGUUAACCUUAACUGUUGACCUAGAUUACACAAAAUGCCACCCUUAAAGAGAAUUUAUUUUAUGUAGGAAAACAUUUAUCUUUAUUAAUCUAAUUUCAAAUUCAGUUAUAGCAAGAGUAGGGCCAUGCACAAGGAGUCUUUUUAAUUAGUAUGUAUAAUCUCACCCUGGAGCUGUACUUCACAAGAAAUGGGACAGAGGAAAAAAAAAGGUGACUUUGUGCUUUUCGAUGCCUUUGAGUGGUUUUGAAAUCUCAUGACCAGUGCGAUUUACUGAGAGCUUCACAGGAAAUGGCUGAGAUAGAUACUGGUAUUAGGAGAACAGAAGACCAGGUCUAAUGUCGAGUGUGCUGCUGGCAGAGCCUUGCUGGUGUGGAAAGGUGGGAUAUCUUAGCAGUUCUAUUAAACAUUCUCUGCAAAGAUGGACUGUCACUGGGAGCUGGUGCUCUGUCUGCACCAGCUCUGCCGCUGAUGUGUUGUUAUAUAAAUGCUACAACUGGUACAGACCAUUCUGAAUCUCUGAAUGCUUAUGCCACAGAAGCAAUUGAUUUUGAUUUGUUUGCUUCUAAUAUGAAGGUAUAUGUGCCUAAAAUUGGACUGUGCUUCAUGCUGCAUUAGGAGACUUCAGAAUGUAGAAGCUUUGGAGAUGCUGAAAUAAUCUGUCAUCGACAGUCUUUUAUCUCUGCAAGUUCAGUGUUACUCAUCUACAGUUCCUUGAAGAGUAUCAUAUCUGUCUUUCCUUUAUCAGAAAAACUCAAGGGCUGUUUCCUUAUCCCCCUUUCACUGUAAAAAGGAAAUUCAACCAAGAAAGUAUUAGCACAUCAGCCACAAAUGUAAUUUUUUUCUAAACAAAAAUUGAUGUGAGUCAGUGUAACAUCAUUCUUUUUAACCCAAUCCAAAUACCAAGUUGCAGAUAAGAGCAGCAGCUGAACACCUGACUUUGUAAAAGGCUCACUACUUCAGUGUAACAAUGCAGAGGGAGGUAGAAUCACUCUAAAAUAAAUAUAACAGUGUUCCAGGGCAACAUGCCAACAUUUUGGAGAGAUGCUAAAUUCUCAGUGUGUUUGUAGAGGCCAUGCCUAUCUUCAGCCAGAUUCUGUCAACAUGAAACAGUUCUAUUAUUCUCUUUCUUUUGAGAAGAGAAGCCAAGGCAUACUGAAUGUUACUUUGCUGUUUUAUAGUCCGCAUAGCUCAUUUUAUCAAAUUUUACCAACCUAUUGGUUAAUAGAACUAUGUAUUGUCUUCACUGUUAGGUCUCCCUGCUUCUUGCUGGUCCCCUUUGCUUUUCUGUCAUCCAGUGUACAACAGUGGACAAGACCCAGCUUUUAAUUUGUGAAGAGAGUAACAGCAACAGCCACUUGGAAACUGGGUCAAAAGUGGAGGGAGGAAAUGUUAGUGCCCAGUUCUAAUGUCUGCUUCACCAGAGAGGUAAUGCUUGCAGUGUAAAACUUGGGUGCAAAAAGUAAUUGGUUUGCAGAAACUCUUUGAUAUAGAAAGAAACCAAAGGUUAAGCUUCCUGCUUUUCGUUCUACAAGCUGAGUGGAUUAAACCAAAUUCAUUAGAAAUGUGGUCACAUAUAUUAAUACAAAACUAAAAGCUGUAUUUUGUGUGUGAAAUCAUGAUGAUAUACAAUACAAGGACUGAGCUCAUUUCUAUUCUCCAAUGCUAAAUCAUGAGAAACUAAAAUUCUGAUUUCUCUUCCUUUAAGCUGAGCUUUUUUUUAAAAAAAAAGGUAUAAAAUGACACCUGUUAAAGGAGCUCCUCAACAUUCUUCGCUUUACAACAGUUGGAAUUUCCUUUGAAGUCACUUGGUGAGGAAAAAUUUGGAAUCUCUUCCAGGAUUCAUUUAUUGUUUUGCAAUAUUGUUACGAAAGGACAGGUAUGUGACAUUUAAAAACUCUUAUUCUGUAUCCAGAAUUUAAGACUCAAAUCUAGAUCAGUAUUCAGAGUUGAAGUCAACGUCCAGUGAUUCAUAUGAACCCUUUGUCCAAUAGAGACAGAAUACAGGGAGAAAUAAUGUUCCUUUGUGGAUUUGAAGUAUUAUUGUGUGUAAAAUUUUAAAACCAAUGGUUAAGGUAUUUUGUUUAUAGCAAAGUCAGCAAUCUUUAGAAUUGAAGUUACUGUGAUUUUUUUUUUUCCUAAUUAAGCAGUAAGACGUGAGUGACUUAGAACUUCCACACUUAAUGCAGGUGGUCUGGGGUGAUUACUUUAAGCAAUCUAGGAAUUCAGUAAUUGCCCUGCAAUUGAGUGUCAUUUUACAGCAGUAAAUUGGAUUUAAAACUGUAUGCGUGACAACAUAGGUAAGCUCUCAGACAAGAAGGUCAAACUCUCAGUGUGUGAAGCCACUUCACCAAAGUAAACACUUGAAUCGCAUGGUGCUGUCGCUGCUGUAGUGUGAUCAGUCACUUCUCCCAUGGCAUGUGUUACAGGUAAAUAACUACAGAAUAACCAGUUAAUAGUUUCUCUAACCUGCACAUAGUACUCUUCAAAACAAUCCCUCCAUGCUAAACAUUCUGCUGUUGUCUUCACUAACCAGCUAAAGUUAACAGGAAGUUGCAUUUAAAAGAACAUUGCACGGGCAUCUGUCAUCUAGGAAAUCAGAUGCUUUAGUCCUCUAGCUGAACCUGAGAUAUGCACAGAGACAUCAGAUGGGGCAUCAGUGAGAUCGAGGCAUUUUGCCUCAAAGAUGGUGUCUCUUUGAUGAGUCUUGUACUUUUCAGGCAACCUAAUGUUAGGCAUCUAAAUAUAUGUUGAAAAUUCUCUUCCUGACUUACUGUCAUUUGCAGCAUGAAUUAGAAACAAAUAGGAUAACUCUUACUGGCUCCUGUUGGCUUCUGGAAAGCAGGUGGUGAUCCAAGCAGGGCUCUCUAGGGUGGGAUGUUUUUAGGGGGCGGGAGGGGGAAGCGCUUGGGGUUUUUUCCUGCUGCUCAGGAAUUUUGGAGCAGCAACAAAGACAUGGGACGUGCAGUUCUGGACUGAGGCUCAAACAGAAGGUUCUUUCAUAUGGAAAUGUAUUUUUAUAUUACAUUUGUACAGAAUUUUCCAUAUUUUGAUCUCCCAAAAUUUUUAGAUUUGCGCAUUGCUCGGAUUUCAUUUCUUCUGCAAGGUGUUAUAAAACAUGUAUUUUUAUGUUCGUUAAUGUAUUAUAAAUGUAAAGCUAAAUUUUGCUCGUCUAAUAAAUGUGCACUGUGGCAGUAUCUGUUUUAUUGUUUUGCUAACUUGAAUUCAUUUGUUCUUAGUAUGAAAAAGAAAAAGUUGAGUCAUUAUUGUGACUGUCUUGUUAGCAUAAUGCGUGGAAUGCAUUUAUUAGAAAGAAAAUAACUAACAAGGUCUUAAGAAGCAGGUAAUGACUAAGAAUACUUAAUGAUAAAAGCUAGAGUACGAUAAGCUUCAGACUAGUAUAGAGUGUUCCCAGGGUUCUUUUAAGAUCUUAAUCUUAAGGUACAUGAGGUGGUUUUUUUUCAUCCUGUUCUCCAUUGGUUUUGGUCCUGGGUGCUCAUACUACACUGAAUUUGACAUGGUAAUUGCAAUCGGAUCACUUAGGUGUGUAUGAGACGGUCUGAGAUUUUGUGUUUGGGUGUAUUUAAGGGCUGUGGCAGAAAUAUUAUAUUCACAGUGAACACGAACAUGAUUUUGGAAAGGAUGGAGAAUAGAUUCAAGUAUCCAAAUUUAUCGACUCUCAGAAUUUCUAGGAGAUUUGUUUUGGCCAGCAAUAGCACUGAAUAAUAGAUUGCUACAGCUCCUGGGGACCUGCUGGAAGCCUUUUAAACUGUCGAGGAUAACUUUAGGCAUCUCCACUUGUGAAUAGGUAUGUUGGUAUUUUUGUUGCAAACUGUUUACUUCAUUUUGAGCUGUUUUGAGAGUUUGAUUGUUUUAAGGGCGAAGAGGGGGAAAUGUAUUUUUCUAGAAGAAUGAAUGUACCUGGGAUUUAAAUACUACAUAAAGCGUUUAAUGAACAUGAAGGACUGUCCUCUUAUGAAAUGGAUUUCAACAAAGUUGUGUCUUAAAUGUACUUCAUUUGGAGAAAAAAAAAAAAAAGUCCUGAACAUGGAAAAAAGCCCAAACACAACAGAAUUUAAUUCUGAAAUUUCUUUCACAGGCAAUAAGUAUGAAUUAUUUAAUGUAAGUUAUGUUAGAUAUUUGGAGUAAAUGUAACAGUAUCUUAUGUUAAUUUAAAGAAAACUGUAAAUAAGUGUCUGGCAAGGGAGUGAAAUUAGAAAAUCUUGGUGUGUGUUUCUGAAAUGCAGAUUUCUAUAGCUAAGCUAAGUCUGUAUUUGGUGGCAUUGAUCAAGUGUCAUGGCUAUUGCAAACCUGGGCAAGAAUGAACAAGAGACCUUUCUUUGUAAAUGGAUCUUGGCAAUAAAAAUGGUGUUACUGAGAAAACUUCCUUCCCUUUCAUGUUCUGUUGCUGGAUUUGAUGCAUAAGGACAUUCAAUAACAGUGAUAUGCAAAAUUUGCAGAAGGUUGGUUUUGUUAACAACUAUGGGGUGUGUAUGUGAAUGUUGGGCAUUUUAAUCUUUAAACUGAAAUAGCCAAGGAAUUUUUGCAUUGUGUAUGCAGGAAAGACACAGCUUGAGAGAGAGAGCAGAAAGGCAGCCUGUGGAGGUGAUGAGACCAAGUAGAUGAGAGCAAGGGUUGGGAGUGACUGGGCAACGUUUAAACUGCCUGUGAACCACUUGGAAAGUGCCUGUCAUGUGUGAUUUCUUCCCCAAAUAUACCCUUGCGCCCUCCACCACUUUCUCUUUUCUGCAUGUUGCCAGUUCAGUGUAUGGAUUAAAUCCAACUGAGUUAUUAGUUAGAUUCUGGUUAAUUAGCCUCUCCAUCUGUAGGAAUUAAUUAUAGUCAGUCUACGUUCCUUGUGAAAUGUUAUUUCUCACACCAGGCAUUGCUCCAGAAGCUUUCUUAGGAAGAAGUUAAAUCACACUGUACUGUGAAAUAAGCAAGCUCUGUGUCGCAGGUGGGAGACAACACAGUGAUUUACUAUAAGAUGCAAAUAUUAAAACGUGGUCUUUUGGAGAAAGUGAUCUUAAAUCUGCUCCUGGCAGUUGGACUUUCUGCAUCGUGCCAGUAGUGCUGCUGUAAGGACACCCCUUGUCUAAUGCGUGGCCAGGAAGUUCCCAUCUGUUUGAAACUGUCUCGUGGUUCCUGUGUCCUUCUGAUGCCUCAGAAUUUUGCAGCCCUUUGUCUUGUCGCUGUAGAAGAUCUUUUUAGACUUGGGCACUGAGUCAGGUUCAGCAUCUUGCCCUGGGUUGCUGAUGGUCACAGAUGGACAAAUUGACAUGCAAUGCUUUAUUAGUCCACUCUUUUCUUGGUCCCCAUGAAAAGUGCAGCCACUUUGAACAGUCCUUUAAUAGGUAAAUCCACAUCUUUAUCAUUAAGAUAAGUCCUUCUGGCACAGUUAUAGAAAAAAGAAAGUGAAACUAUGUGGUUUGUUUCUAUAUCAAGGCAAGAUUUCACUGGGAUUGCAUGAGAGCAGCUGGUUGGGGGGGCAAAGAAAUUGUAUCCCUAACGGCACUUUUCUGCUGCCAGGUUGGAUGAAGACAAAAGCUGUAUCGGCGCUUUCUGGUGAUCUUUUUGAAUAAGUGAUGCCUACAACUUGGAAUGCAAGCUCGCUGUUUAUGUGAGUGCAUUCCCUGAAAAUUCUGUUGAAUUUUAAGCAGGUUUCUUUUAUCUCUCAAAGAAGGAGAGGUGGUGAGAGUUGCAACACUUGGAGUUGUAACUCGGAACCGGCCGAAUAAGCAGAAAGGUUUCAGGCGAGUGUUGUCACACAGUUCAGGCUGUUGAGCUGAUGGGGAAUAACUCUGGUUGGCUGGUGUUUGUUGUGUAUCUGCUUUUAGCUCAAGGAUUCUACCGACAGCUUAUCUGUGAACAUGUCUAGGUCUUAAAAUUAUUAUUGCUUUUGGUUGCCAGUUCUCUAAAAUGGAUUUUAAGAUGUGAAAUUGUUAUCAAGUGCCUUAUUUUUCAGGGUUACAGUAUGAGAUCAUUUGAAAUAUGUUGAAAGCUUUUGGCUGUCCUCAGAGACUCAUUCUAGAAAGUUGGGAAAUGUGCUUGUUGAAUGGAAAAUACUGAUCUCAUCAUUCCAUCCUCACUGUCUUGCCCGCAAAUAAAGGUUUAUAUUUCACAUAGGUCACAGUUUAAUAUUUUUUCGGCCUGUUUGGAUGACCGAUAAGGACGGACGAAUACACAGGCUCUGUUUCCUAGUUACACAUCAUUUUUCUCAGCUUUAGUACGCAAUAAACAUUGUGACACAGGCUGGGAAAAAAAGCUGUUGUUUUACUACAGAAAUAAAUUUUGACAUCAAGUUAAUUGGGUUAAGACAUCUUUGUGUAAAUUUGUCUUCCUUUUUGGAUCAUUUAUUUGAAGCAGAUUUAGGUUGCUGAGGAGCUAAAACUACAGGGUACCCUUGAAACUUACGUACAUUAAAUGAGCACUACAAACAGUUGUAGUGACUCAAUUGUUUGAGCUAAGCUGGUUGCAGGAGUUAAUGUGAUUGGCACAGGAGCAAAGAAUGAUAAUAUAUUCCAGCCCCUUGCCAGAAAACUUAUUAAAAGAAUUGUUACAAAAUUUGGAGAGGAGGUUUAUUUUAGUAUAGUUGUUAAUGGUAGAGUGUUUCCUGAGCCCUCCUCCCCUGCUGCUCUCCCAAAAUGGGUCACUUAUUCCCAGGAAACAUUUGGCUCUUUACUUCAGCAACAUUGCUCUUGUCAGUGAUUUAAAUGGGCUGUAAACAUGACUUUGUGAGGCACUCAAAACGACAGAACAAAAAUCUGCACAAAACCAAGAGGUUAAUGAAAUCUGAGCUACCUCUGUGUAUGUAACAGCAUCAGCCUCCCAACGAGCACUUUGUGGAAAGCUGUAGUUAUUGUGGUAAUAUUUCAAAUAUAUCAACUUCACCCUCUUACUAAAGGGUUGGGAAGUGUCGUGUUGAUCUGGCGGUAGUUACCAAACUGGAGGUUAUGGGAAAGUUGAUUACAUAGUUAUGCAAUAACAAUCAGACUUACGCCUGUAAGUCUCCCCACUUCUUUACUGCUUUGGUUUAAGGCUUUAGGAAAAUCACAAGAUGGGAAUCCUUUCAUGUAGGCUGGUAUAACUGAGAUGGGCAGACUCUCGAUCCUCUGAUAUUUAAAAACUUUCUCACAUAAGCCAUAAUAGGGAAUUUCUGUUAUGAUUUUAAACUAUGCAGUUCAGGAAGAGCUGCUUUUUCUACCAAAACACUUGAUUUUCUGAGUUAAUUUUGAGGAAAACUUCAGGCCUUUCUCAGCUUGUUUAAAUGACAGAGAAAAUAUUAAAAAGGAGAAAAUACGAGAAGGCGCUAGUAAAGAAUUACUCAUCUGCAAGAGAUGAUGAGGUUUUUUUAAAUACCUGAAAAUGGCUUUGCAAAAUUGUCCUGCCUAUUCUGGGCCCUAGUAAAUGCAUUGGGUUUGCAUAUUUUUGCUUUAGGAUAAUAUUCUGAAGGUAGAAAUUCAAUUUUGGGUGGCUAAAAGUAAACAAACACCCUAAUAGCUCUGCCACAGACUGGAGGAGGGAAGGAAUUCCCUCACGUGGAAGAAAGCUUCUCUUCAUAGUAGGUGUCCUACCACAAGUACUAGUUGGGAAGUCAUGGUUAAGGUGAGAACUUCAACAGCUUUUUUAAAACAACCAAUGAUGAGUAAAUUUACCCUCUGCUUCUAUGAAGAGUCAGGUUUUUUGGUAGGGAAUCAAAAACCCUCGAGAAAUCACCAAUGUAGUUGAUCUUUGAACAAAAGAACACUGUUUCCCAUUAUUGCUUCUUAGCCUGCCUUUUAUUGGCAGCACUAAAUAGAGGAAAUUUCGUUUUUUAAUUUGCAAUGUUGCUUCAUUCUCUGGUCCGUUAGUCAGAGCCUACGAGUGUUGUGAUUCACUGCUGAUUCAGUGUGUGAGAUGGUUUAGCAUUUUUCUGUUGUUACUGGUUUCUGUUUAACAUCUUUUUUCCUUUUUUUCUGGGGAUUGAGAUGGCAGCAUCACAACUGCAGAUAACUCCACUGCUCCACGAGCCGGUUAACUGUGUUCUAACUGCGCCCAUUGUGGGACAGGAGAAAUUGCGCAAGUGGUUGUUGUAGCACAUCUGGUGAGGGGAGGUUGCCCGUGAGUAAGAACAAAAACAUUAACAGAAGGUCUACAAAGUAGAGGCAGGAUUGUGCCGGUUCACCGGCGGACAGGCCGCCAGCUCCAGCCCCAGGGGACGGCUGGGAUCCCAUCAAGAGCCAUUUCCUGUUCCGUCUCUAACCUGCCCAGCUGUCUGCAGAGAACAGGGCUGAGAGCCUUGAAGUACUUGGUGACAGAAAUUAUUGCAGGAAACUAGUGGAGUUAUUCUCCUGAAAAGCAACUGGGCGUUUCUGUCAGCAGCAUGGAACUCAGUUUGAAGUUUUAGGUCACUGAACAGCUCUGCUGGCACUGGGUGCUCUGACAGGACGCGCUGUACCUGCUCACUGCUGAAGCUGGUGGCAGCUCCAGCUCUCCUGUCCUUGUAAGAGUUUACAGAACAUUGGAGCCGUCAUGCAUGGUUCAAUAGAAACUUUAAUGCCAUGUUCAGGGGAGGAUUUUCAAGACAGACAAUAAUUAGGUUUUAAUUUUAAUUGAAUUUAUUUUUAUCUGUUGAUAUGCAGAUAUAAAAAAAAAAAAAUAAAAAUAACUGAAAGCAAAACAUAAAAAAAUGUAGCUGGCCAGUGGUCAUCUAACCCAGUAUUUCCAGUGUUUGUUACCCUAUUCGGUACACCUGUUAAUCUAUAUGAAUGCAGUUUUGGAUAUGUUACGAUUGCAAAUACUUCCUAUGCACAUCUUGUGAUUUAUGUCUGAUAUUCUAAAGUUCAGUGAGAUCAGUGUGUUUUGGAGAGGUUGUCUUUGAAUGUGAGAUUUACCUGCUGCUUGUUAUCCAACACAUCCCUCCCCAGCUAGUGCAGCCAGUGGCACUGGAAUAGGCCUUAGGACAGGGGGCUGGCUAAAGGCAGAACAACUGGCUUGCUUCCACCUUUUUUUGUAGAGGCUGUAUGGAAAAUGAAAAAUUGCAAACAGUGGUAUGAGCUCUGCCUUUUUUUUUUAAUAUCUCUAAUUCCUGUUUCUCUAAAAGAUCCCAACAAGCAACAUGGAAUGGUGGGGAGAGGCUGCCCCCGAGGCCCAAAUGGUUCUUGCCCCGCCCUGUGCCCACUGAGUCAUUGCUGAUAGUGAGACAUGUUAAGAGCCAUUCAGAUGUUUCAGAGUGAUAUCAAGAAUUUAUACCAAAAAAUCUUGGCUACUUAAUGUCUAAUUUUGGUAAAGUUGAAGAGUCUGUUGCAAAAUAUGAGUUUAGCAUUUUGGGGUCUUGUUUUCCAUAUAAGCAAAUAAGGAGAUUUUCACAUACGUUUCUAGUGGAUGAGAGUUCAAAAGUUUCUUAUAUUAGAAAACCUCAAUUAUCUUAAAGUAAUACAUUAAUUUCCAGAAUAUUUAAUAAAACAGACCUAUAAUGUUGCGUAUGUGGUUACAACCUUUUGAAUAUUGGGGACUGCCUGCAUCUCUCAAACCAGAGCCUUUUUCUCCAGUAUGCGUACACAUUUAUUUUUCAUAGUAGGUCAUAGCUUAAGCUCAAAAUAAAGGCGUUUUGCUUUGUUUGGCUGGUCGCAGACUUUGCUGUUCCCUUUUGGCUUCUCUCUGGUAAGAAAUUUGAAACCCUUUGUAAACUUUCAUGUAACUAGGUCUUGUUUCAGGUAUUAGAGCUUCGAAGCUUUUAAGGAGAAAACUUAUAAUUCAUACAAAGAAUGAAAAUAAUAGGUAUUUUGACAGGACAGUCCAAGAGAAAAUAAAGAUCAGUAUAUAGCAUUUUAUAUGUAAUCUUGACCUUGAUGCAGGACAUCAGUUACUUAACUGAUACAAUAAAAAAAAUAAGGCAUCUGUAAGAAUAUUAGAUUUAACUGUCCACAGCCAUGCUUGCAUUUAAAUUACACUCUUUAUACACCACAUGUGUAUUACCCUGUGCAGACCCUGUUGCUGAGGUGAGAAGGUUGUCACUGAAUUCCAGAGUUCUUGGGAACAAGAUGUGAGCAGCUUUGCUUUGAUGCUUCUCUAUCCUGCAGUUCACUUGAAUUUGCUUAUCACAGUUUAUCAGCUUCGAGGCUUUCCUGCGAAAGUCUUGUUUGCAACCACUGGCUGCUGAGAACUCGUAAUUCUUACAUAGCUGCCCAAACGCUUUGGAGGGGCAUAGUCUUGCUUGGCUAAAUUUUGUUUACAAUAGGUCUUGCAAGCUUCUUUGUGAGUUUGUGAGCAGAUCUUCAUAUUAGAUGUUCUGUGGGGGAGGGUGACUUGUCAAAUUCUUUAAAACCACAGAUCUCUUUGAACCAUAGUCUUGGCGCUAAGGUUCAUCUGUUUUUACUUUGAAUCUGAAAAGGAAAAGAGUCCUGACUUUUCUAUAGCUGCAUUCAGGUUCAUUCACAUGGAGCGCACGGUGUGUGAUCCUGGCGUCACCUUUGCUUUAGCUUAAUAGGACUUGGGCAGGUCAUCAGCCCGUCUGUUCUUUAGUUCAUGCUUUUCAAAUAUAUUUAUAUCAAACAAUUAAUGGUGCACUUGAGAAGCUUAGUUCAUGUUUGUAAAGUGCUUUGAUGUUGAUCCUAAGCAUUAAUCUUUUUAACUCCUUGUCAUAAAGGAAUGUUAUUUAAAUUAUACUUCCCAUCUUACCACUUGCACCAGAUAAUGUAGUUCUUGUUGAGGACCUGGAACUUUGAAAGUCACAAUAAAAAACCUUCGUUUUUUCACUUGCACCAUAACUCUUGAGUCAUCUGAACAACUUCCAAAUGCUAGCAGUCCAGGACCUAUAGAGCACUGUUAGCAAUGAAACUUAACCGAAAUUCACUCAUUAUGUAUUUCUAAGAACAAUAAUUUAAACAGUGUCCUGACUGGAGGAAGUGAGUGUGUCUGGCAGAAACUAGUUUGUUGAUUUUUUUUCAGUAUUUUCAAGAAAACAAAUGCAGAAGUCCCUGUAGCCUGGUGUUAAAAUGUACCCCUGUCUGUUGGCAGGAUUUCCUCAGCUCCCUGGUUGAUACUGUACCAUUUAUUCAGGAAGCUGAAAUUUCUGGAUAGUCCCAUGACUAACCUUGUUAAUGUGAAACCCUUAAUGCUGUAUUCUUGCUUAAUUCCUUACUGAUGGUGAGCUGAAUGAUUAGAAGCUGACUGAAGAACUUCUCAUUCUCCUCUGCUGUAAUUGCACAGAUGUCCCUGAUGACACUGAAACUGAAAUUGUGUUGUACUGGAUGCUGUACAGACAUUAAUUGAGUCAAACCCUGUUACAAAGAGUUUAUAGUCUGCAGUGAUGACUUGUAUGUAGGGUGUGUGACUUGGGUGUAAGGUAGUGCCAUUGUUUCUGGAUUAAAGAUCAUAUCACAGACUGCUUGAUGAAAAUUGUUUAUAAAGUCUGUGGAUGGCUCAAGAACCGAACCCAAAGCAACUGCUUUUGCUGAUGAUUGCUUUGUGUUUCCAGUGGUAAGAGAGAUUAUAUGCAAUAUCUGAUGUUAAAAUGCAUCUUCUGGACAAGAUUUUUUUUUCCUAGUACAUGUGAGGAAACAUUUCCAUGUAAUGCUGUUCCAUAGAACAGUGUGUUAUGAUGAGUAAAUAGAUAUUUUAAGAAAAGUAACUUGACAAACGCAGGAUGCUUGUUCAGCCAGUCUGGCUGAGGAUCAGCUGGAAUAUUGCCCCAGCUGCCAGCAGGAGGUCGUUGAAGAGCAGUUUCCCAUCUCCUCUGUAAUCUGAAAAGUUCGGAAUAAUAUUAACGUUGACACAAAGUGAUGACCAGUGAUCAGUCCAGCUACACUUCUGCAGAGCCUCAUGAGAAUAACAGCUGAGAAGUCGUCAUCCCUCUGUCAAUGUUGGUUUGUUCUUCCCUGUGCAAACUGUGUAUUUAAUGUUGCGCGGUGAGUUGCACACUGGGAACAGCGCUGUGCCUAAAAAGGGGCUAGAGGCAAGUUUCAAACGUGACUUAUGGUUUGAUUACAUACAAAGUGUCUAAACCAGCAGAUGUUCGGGGACACUAAAUGAGCAAAAUCUAUUAUUUCAAGCUUUUUGAUGGAGUAAAUGUAAAUUGUGUAUUAAGCAACUUUCAUGCAAGCCUUCCAUAGCCAAAAUUACUCUACUAGAAAUCUUGCGAUGAAGUUAGCUCUUCUGUCCAAGCAGACCCGAGGCACAAGGUGUGUUUUGGGGUUCAGCAGGACAUACUUUUCCUCUGCAGAGCCGUGUUGUGGGGAAAGGCAGACAAACAUACAGACAGAUUUAGUUCUGGCUGAGGACACAUCAGUGUUAGUUCUUGUUACUCUGUUUUACAUAUGUAGCUGUCAUGUCUCUGAAUUGCUUCUAGAUUAGGGAAACAAUAGGAAAGAAAACCACAGUAUUUCUCAACUCUGCGAAUUAAAGUAUAGUUAGUUCUGCAAAUGGACAAUUUUCAGACAUUGCAGUACAAACAACAAAAUUUGCUGCCUUUGUCAGUGUUUGAGAGAUGGCUCAGGCUGAGUUUUACCUUAGUGUUAAUUUAUUGUUGUGACUUUAAUUUUUUGUUUAUUUUGUUUUGUUUCAGUGAAAAAUGAAAAAUGUAACUCACCCCACCUGAAACCAGAAUGCUGGGACAUGCUUCCACGAGCUCUGAGCUGGGCCUGAGUAAAGAUGCACUUGCGUGCUUGCCCUGGGACUUAGAUCCGUAGCUGUGUCCAGCUUCAGCCACCAGAGAAGUGAAGUUGCACGUCUUCGCUCAGACUCUCCUGUGCCUGUGAGAGGGAAUCAGCCUUUCAGGGCAAGGAUAAAGUGUGGCAGAUGCUCUCUGUUAACCCCUGCCCUCCCCACCAAGGAAGGGGAAAAGGAAGAGAGACUUACCAGCUGGAAGAUUAAAACAGCUUUACUAACAAUACUAGUAAUAAGAGAAAUAAUGCAAAACGCACAAAACCAAGAUUGAGUCUCCUGAAUGACCAGGGAAUUGGGGGCUGUGGGGCAGACCCCAGGAACUCCUGGACUGUACUCUGCAGUAGAUGGGAACUGGAUUCAGGAAUGCAUGGACUUGAACCGGGAUCAUGACAACAGGCAGGGUCCUCUCCAGAAGCCAGCCGUGGAUGAAGAGAACGAGACCCUCGUGAUCUUCCAGCUUUAAACUGCGUAUGACGUGGAUGGCAUGGAAUACCUGCCUGGUCCCUUUGGGUCCCCAGUUCUGUCCACCCCUCCCUGCAAGUACGACCCUUUAAUGACUUCUCUCUUGUGGGAUACAAGAGGUCUGUCAGUGACUGUGGCUGCUGUAGUAAUAAAAUAGAAACAUGGGCCUGCGUGCCAUUCCUGCCCUCAGCUCGGUAAAACUAUAAACAGCAGAUGUUAUCAGCUCUGGAGCAGACACUCUCUGAAGACGUGCAGCCAGCUUCCGAAAAGUGCAGUUACUUAGAAGAAAUGUAACUGAAAGGAAAAUUCACUGAAAGACAAUUGAUCUUGUUUUAACCAAAACCAGAACAGCGUGGUCCGUCAGUGAGAACAAAUGAAACACCAGAUACAAAUUUAGCUUAAAUAAAUGGAAUGAUGUCCAGAACUAAAAUAUCAGAACUUCUGUAUUUUGAAGCAGCCAGGGACAGAGAAGUCUGUUUUAUGCAUUCCCUGCCAGUGACCUUUGGACACAGUGCUUAUGUAAUGGAAGUUUGCUGGUUCUAAUCACAAAAUAUAUGUUUUGGGCUGUUUCAGCUAAGUGCAGAACAUAUUUAAAGAAAUUUAAAACUGAUGAUUGAACGCUGAACAGUUGCAGUGAAGGAAUGGCCUUGCACCUGCUGGUCUAUUGCAAACAAGAAUAGGUGCGAGGAGUCAGUGUCCUUGCUUUUCUUGAGAAAUCUGGAAAUGCUCAAUAGUUGUUUAGUUUGGAAACAUUCCUGAUGGGAGUGCAGGAAACCUGCGGGCUGAAGAGGCUAUUGCUGAGAAAUAGAAACUGAGCUCCUCCCUUGGCAAUGGGCACAACAGCUGAACCAGGAGAAUAAAAAGUGAAACUGCCACUGUCACUUCAGGGAUUUCAGCAAAGCCGGUGAUAAACAGCCAUUUGAAGUUUUACCCAAGUUUGAACUCGGGGCUGGCUCAACUCCUACAAAUGGUUAUUCUGCUCGUGCACCCUCCAGCUCUCAGCUGGUGCAGCUACAGCAGCCACUGGCUCACAGCACAGGAGUCAGCAGGUGCUGAAAAGCUCGCUGCUGAAAUAGUUUUGUGGGUGCCAAUUGAUGAUGGCGUGGAGCAGUAAUGCAGAAAAGGUUGUGAACUGAGCGAGGAACUGUGGAUGUCAGUGCAAACAAGAGAUAAGCAGAACAGCAGGAGAAAAAGGACAAUGUCUUGUUCAGAUACAGCAACAAGAAUACAAACAUUAGUGUUGGAAGCAUCCUUCUAUGUGACCAAAGUGCCCAGAAAAAGGAGAAACAGUUUGUCAUAUCACUGAACUGAGUUCUCAUCCCCUGGGAAGAAGAAAUUUCACUGCAAUUCAAUAGUAGUGUACAACAGAUUCAGGGCUGCCAUGUCUUACCGACCUAAGAGAUUUCAACCAACCAUUCAUCCUGAUUAUUGGUUAGCAUUUACUGCAUGAGGAGGAUUUGUCCAGGAGAGGAAGGGCCUCUGAAGUCAAGAGGAGUUUCAACCCACAACCGGUAGACACACGUCUGAACGAGCAGCCAGCUAGAAGCGGCACCACUCAGUGUUCCCUGGGGACUGUGCCAGCAAGCUGGUUUGGCUGAGUGGUUGCUGGCUGGUUUAAGUAUCCAUCUGGCUGAAGAACCUGUGUGGCACACAGGACAUGUGUGCAUUAGGUAUAAUCUGAGGUAAAUAAAUUCCUCUUGCAGAAGAGGUGAGUGGCAUGAGUCCGAUGGGCGCAGCACUGAGGCAUUGCAGCAACACAUUUCUGAAUAAUCCUGGUGACAGGGAUUGAAUGAAAUACUCUUUCCUGUAACAAGGAAUAAAUUAUUUCCUUCUUCCCAUUCUGAAUCAAAGUAUGAGUGUGUAAACCACCCUUGAACCCUUUUAUGUGUUACUGAGAUGUGGAUCAUGUCUUCAGCUGUUGCCAUUUCUUGUUAUUUGUGUUGCAGCAUUGAAGUAGCCUGGCAGGGAACAAGGUGAGAAGAACAAUACUAUCUUGUGCCACUUUUCCUCACGCUGAGUCAGUACCACACAAGGUGUAUUUUUCCCGGUGUAGCUUUUUUUGGUGAUAAAACAAACCCUUGUUCCAUUACUGACUAGUUCUGGUGCUUAAAUUCAGAGUUUCCUCUCUCCAACUAGUGAACAUGCAGAUUUCCAGAAAUGGGUAAGGGUUAACUCGAAAUGGCAAUUAGAGCAGGGAAUUUGAAUAUAGGAAGAAAGUGAAAUAUAAGUCAAAUGUAAACUGCUUUUGAACGUUAGUGGAGGUGGCACUUAGUCAAAAUGCUUGGACUUCGGAGCACACUGGAUAAAAUCAGUCCAAUGAGGUACGAAUUUUGAAUGUGGGCUGAAAAUACCUGAGUCUGAAGAAAGCUGGACUCAUGUCCUGGUUAAAGACUUCAGUUUAGAAUCUAUAUCUUAAAAAGUUUCCAUCAAAAAGCAUUUCAGCUCUUGUCCCAGUCAGACUAGGCUACAGAAUACUGGGUUACAUUUUGUUACUGUGUUCCACUUAUCUCCUGAAUGGGGGGGAAUUCUUGGCAUGUCAGAACUUUGCAAUGAGAUUAUUGCUUAAAGGAAAGUUUCAUAUGUUUGGAUACACUUCAAAAUGCCCCUGGAUUUUAAGGAAAAACAGUAUUUGUAUAAAUCAGUGCUCUCAAUGUUCAGCACAGUUCUAGAAAGCUGCCGGCUGAGGUGUCUUGAGAGUCCUGUGUUUUGCAGAAAUCAACACUGAGGGAUAUGCUCACUCAGUUUACUGAGGUUUAAUGGAGCUAUUUUGGGACCUGGAACUCCUGUUCAUCAACCACAUAUUUCUGGGUUAAAUCAUUCCCUCACCAGCUUGUUUUCAAUUAAGCUGUUCUGUCUCUGAUGGAUUGUGGGCAUUGUGGAGUAAUUCUGGUUUGAAUGAAUAGACACCCAACUAAGUGACUGAUUGCUACAUACAUCUCUGGCUUUAUGUGUAUUUCUGUUAUUGGAUCAUGCAAUCAUCCUACACAUAGGGUAAAGAAAACUUUAUUUUUUCUCUUGUCUCUAGCCUUUUGCCUGAAAUCUCUCCCAUCUGCUUGGCAAAGAUGAGCUGAAGUGGCUACACUGUCCAUGGACACCGUAUCUGGAAUACAGUCUUGCUUCUCUAGACUUACAGAAUUAUCACUACCAUAGUAAAGGCACUGGGAAUUACCAACAGGCAGAUUACGACAAUCUUUUUUCCAAAUUAUAGUAACAAACUGCAUUUUCUGUGAAGAUGAUCUUGGAUUCCAUAUGAUCCUGCCAAACUCAACAGCAGGCUUCUGCAGUAGCUCUUCAGUGACUCUGGCCUACAUUGAGAAGUUUUUCUUAUAUUGACGUUCCGCACGACUGAUUUGCCAGAUCUGGUGCAGAAUACAGCAAAUUCCCUAUUUGACUUUGCCGGUACUUUAUUAAACAGAGAAUGAGAGAUUUGACAGCUGGAAUUACUACAGGAAUCUUCAGGAGACUCCUAAAAUGCCCCUUAGAUGUCACAGUCCUUAAAUCUGUGCACACAGCCCCGGCGAGGCGGCGGUGCCGACGGUUGGUGCCCGUGGGUGGCGGCGGGCGCGGGGCCAGGCUGGCCUGCAGGAGGCGCUGCAGGGGCGCCGAGCACACGAGGGCUCGGGGGACACCGGAGGCCUCUCCAGUGCCGCAAACAGUAGUGCUGUGUUAUAUGGAAGCUGACAUGGGGUUUCUUCCCCUCCAACAAGUCCUCUUCUGCUGCUCUCACAGCUGUGAAUGGUGGAGGAUUUGGGCAGCUGCUGAGAUCCUGCCUUCUGAGAAGAGCUCACCAGAGUGACUGGCGAGGCCGGUGUGGAGGCAGAACCCAGGCUGCUGCAGAGCACGGCUCCUGCAGCAUCCCCGCCAGGCGACCGCGGCUGCGCGGCUGACCAGACCGCUCACGUCGGCGAGGGAAAGUGUUGCACCCAUUGGUCGUGAACUGAGUGUAAAAGGGUUUGCAUCAGAUGACUGCAUGAACGCAAACUGCCCGCGCUGCAGCCUCCUGAGCUCCACUGGUGAGUGCCGGAGGCUCCUGUGGACCCAAACACCGCUGACUUCCCAGCAGAGCACCAGCUGGAGGUACCAGGAUGCAAAUAAAUCAGUGGUCUCUGUCAAACAGGAGGUCCAGUUAUUUGAUUCUCCUUCUGCCUUAAAAUCUACUAAAACAAUGAAAGUGAAAACAUAACCCACAUCUGUUAGUUAGCAAUCAUUGUAUUAUCUUUUAGGGGUCUAGAUAAGGUAUAGUCAGAAUAGCAAGAUCUGUAGAUAAUAAAAAGAAACUCCUUGUGCCUUUCACUUUCACCUUGCACGGUUUCUCGUAAAUGCAGCUGUAACCGGCAACGGAGCCUGAGUACUCUGAUAAGCUUUGCUUUGCAAAUCCGAGACUGUGUGUCGUCCUUUUGGCUCAAAUUGUAGCAGAGCUACAGAUCUUCAAAUGCUCCUGCACAAAACUUGAAAUUAUCUGAAUAUAAGUGCUUGAUGUUUGGAAUGUCAAAACUCCAAAGUGCAAGUAAAGAUGUGCACACAUUGUCACGCCUGCUCUGCACAGCCACCUUCUGCCUCGUGACAUUUGCGAGUCUUAGACACCGGCCACACAGAACUGAUGUCUUCUAGUUGGUUCUUAAAGCAUUGACCGUUUCUAUUUUGAAUAAACAAGCACCGUUGGUUUUUGCAGUACAGUGCACUACUGCAAGGCUUUGAAAAUAAGGUGUACUGGUAUGGCAUUUACCAUUUAUCAUUGCUUUUCACGACAAGGUGAAAGCUUGCUAAGGUUUUGAAUCCCAGUAUUUUUGAAUCCCUGAAGAGUUGCUUUUUGGUUGUAUUUGAAUUUCAAGUCCAAGUUUUAUUCUAUAUUUUGGAGGGCUGCCCUAUAUAGAACUACAUUUAGAAACAACCAUUAUGUUGCACAACUCUGUACAUAUUAGCCACUGACAAAAAUUCAAAAAUAUAUUUUGAAUAUAAUUCAUGAAUAAUUAUUUAAAUUCAUGAAGAUAAUUAAAUGUUUGUAUAGUUGCCUCACUGCAGUCUUCAUCACAACCAUUAGUUUAAUAGAAGGGUCAGGUUACCUGUACAUAAGAAAUUAUUUUAAUAUUUUCCCUUGAAGAGGGUCCUUUUCACAAUUUCUUUGUGUGUUCCUCUGGUUCAUUUUGUUUUCCUGUUUAGUUCAUAACACAAAGUUUAGAGUCUUACUGGAACGAGCUGAUGAAAAUUAUUUCCCUUAACAGAAACUGAAUAUGGAUCACUUGUCAGUGAGGAUCGUUCAAGACUUCAGGUGCCAGCAAAAAAGUCAGACCUUCGUUCCAUUAAAUUCAUAUUUGACCCUGCAUUUUCUGGGCUUAGUGGAAAGAGAUGUUUCCAUAUCGUGUUGAAUAUAAGUCAUUCAGCUGUUUGUUCUGAAUUCACGCUCUGCUUCCCCGCUGCAGAGGAGCACGAGGCCAGCUGUUCCUUCAGCUAUGAUUUUAGCUUUUGCUUUCGGAUGUACCAAAACCAGAGCCUUCCCGCUCAGCACUCAGCAGCAUUCUGCCCGUUCAAGGCCAUUUGUGCAGUUUCUGAAGAGGAUGCUGAUACUGCUUGUGCCCAGGGUCCGGUCCAGGAUCCUUUUCAUCCAGCAUCCCCAGGAGUUUGAAUAAGCUCACCUGGAAGCCAGCUUCACACACUGUUUGCAGAGCAGCAAGCAAUACUGGUAAGUAAAGACUAUGACUAGUAGGAAAGUCUAUGAUUAGUAGUAAAGGAUGAGCUGGAUGAGGCUUCCAGCAGCCUGGGCUGGUGGAAGAUGUCCCUGCCCAUGGCAGGGGUGGGACUAGAUGACCUUUAAGAUUCCUUCUGGCCCAAACCAUUCUAUGAUUCUGUGAUUUUUUUUUUUCAUCAUGACAUAGCCCUAUUCCGUAGAAUGCUGCUUUAUUUCAGUUAUAUACCAGCAUAUUUAUAGCAUGGAAAGGAAUAAACAGGUGACACCCACUUCUGCAGAACGCGACUGGAGCUCUCUAAGCAUUUCCUCUAAGUAUUCUCUGUAAAUGAAAUGAGUCAUCUAAGCUCAAGAGCAUCUCACUGUUUUCAUAGCCUGUAGGCUGCCAUCAGUAGGGAUGUGUGUGGUGAGUGACAGGAACUGGUUAAGUUUGCGUGACAGUGACAGCACUUAAAUGAUUUCUCAUGUUAAGGCUGGCGGUGCAAGCUGAGGUUUCCACUCUCUCUGAGGGGAUGCCUGAGCCACACACUGGGUGCAGCUCUCAGCUCCUGGCAGCUGCAGGGAGACUCUUGCCAUAAUCCUCUGAUGAUUCCACUCAGCGUAUGCAAUGUACAGCACCUGAGUGAGGCCCUCAAGAGAAAAGAGGGUGCCUUGCUAAUGCUUUAUUUGAUAGCAUUUGCCACAAAAGAUAAUUCACCCUAUCUUAGUGACUCCUAUGCAGUUUUGGCAGGACAGCCCUACAGGAGAGGUCAGACUCUUCUUGUUAGUAUGAUGAUGAUGAUGAAGAAGAUGUCUGUUACUCACAUUAACCUGUCUUGUCCAUAUCACUUCUAAAAUGUCACUGAUUCAGAGCUACCUGCUAACUAAAACUUUGGCAGGUGGCACCUGGAGUUUUCCUGUUUCAGCAGAUGACUUGCCUUGCUCCAGGUCUUUUAAAAUUGCUGGUCCAACAUAAUUUAGCAUCCAUAUACCAGACUGAUCAGUCCCAAAGCAUAAAGUACAGGCAGGUGAAGGUCAAGUGAGGGACGCAAAUAUGACUGACUUCCAACCCAUUAAUUCCAACACAUUGACUCAUUAAUUUCAAAUCAUUAAUUAAAUUCAGUGAUGAUGUGAUAGCCUAAAAAACCCCUGAGGGAUGAGGAUGGUUUUCCAGACUUCAUCCAGCAUGUCAGCAUGUCCACAUUGCAUCUUAUACGCAGUACAAAACAAACAGCAGGAAACAACUGAAUUUUGUAUUCAUGUGAUUCUUGCAUGUAGUUCUGUGUGCAGUACAAGAAAAUAAGCACAAACUAGGGUGGAUCUCUUUAAGGAGAAACCUGACAGUUUGUCAAGUUGUCCUUCAGUGAAGUUUCAUACAAAUACCAGGGAAAGGAAGACAGUUUGUUUCAGAUCCCUCUUCUCGCUUAAGGAGUGAUGCAUUUUUACAAAGUGUUGUUUUCUUACCUCUUUUCUGUCAUGCUUAGCUCCCGUAUGCUGCUUCCUUUUACUGAUGGAGGAUAUCAGAGACACAAUCGUAUCCCUUUGCAGCUUACCCUCUGGUUGUGCACGGUGGCUGCAAGAGCUGCCCCCAUCACACUGGAACCCCCUGAGCUUCUGGGCUGCCAUGGACAAGUUGCUCAAUGGUAUCUGUUUUAUGGACAUUUGUGGGCCAUGCAGACAUUACCAAUUAUGAGCCAUAUAUUUAUAAGCUCCACACUUCAUGACUUUUCUUCCAUUCAUCUGUGGAGCUUCCAGGUAGCCCUGUUUCUAAAGCAAGUAUUUACAAACUACUAGAAAUUAUUUUUUUUUUUAAAUGGUGAUGCUUGGAUUCCAAAUCUUAAAACAAUUAAACCGAAACAAAACUUUUUUUGAAAUCAAGGUAGUGAUUUCUCUGUACUAGGAAACUGAGAAAUGAAUCUGAACCCUUUCUGUACACAUGAACCAAUGAACUAGGGAUGGAAAUAUUUUUUAAAACUCUUUUGGGUAUGAUGGAAGGCUGUAAAAUAUCAGAAUUGCUGGCCAAGGAAAAUAAUUAUUUUUUCUGGUUUUGUAAUGUCAGCCUUUUACCAACAUUUGAGAGGGGAGCAGAGAAUUGCUUCCAUUUUAAGCAGUACUGUCAGCAAGAGUGUGAAAAGGUCUGUGCUGGACAGAAAGUUGCAAGUUGCUGCUGCUUUGGAAAUACCUUUUCAUGGAGAUCUAAGGUCAAAUUCUUUUCAAAGUUCUCUUGACACCAUAGCAACAAAACAGUGCCAGAGUAAUUGAGGGAGAUGUGGCUCCUGGACUAUUUUAUCUAUGUGUAGCCUGGAUUUUUUUUACCCAUCCUGUGACAGCAUCUCACAUGUGUGUCAGCGUGAGGAGUCGUGUUCUUUCAGACUGCUUUGAAGAAAGGCGCGUAUUGAACUAACAGCCAGAAGAAGGCAGGUUCUUUCCUUUUAAUCCACAGAAACCAAACCUCUGUCCCAUCCAGCGUGCUCUCAGAAAAAUGUCCUCAGGUUUAGUCCAGUGUAAUUUGCAGCGCCUCGGCCUUUUCCAGCUGAGUGCUGAGCUUCCUCUGCUACCCCAAAUCCGAGGCUGAUCGCUGUGGGAUCAUCUCCAGAGAACAGGCUGCUGAGGAGUCAGAGGUUUGUCCUGAAGCUGCAGAACGUGGCUCCGUGCUGAGCUGAGCCUGUUCUUUGACAAGACCUUUGCAGGUAGCUCAGUAUAACUUUGCGUUUUACUGAAAGAGAAGGAUUUUCUGGAAUAGGAAAACAAAUCCAUUUAUUGGUGCAGAUUGCCACUGUUUCUGCCCUUCUCAUAACAUCGUUUCUUCAAGGAAAAUCUUUUAAGAGAGACCUUUUAGUCUCUCCGGGAGAUUUCACUCUUGUAGGGGUCUUGCCUUCAUCUGUAGAUUUAAGGGCUUAAUAAGCAUUAGACCUUCCUAUUAUACAGUAACAAAUAGGAAUACAAUACUUUUAUCAAUAUUUGGCACAUUUAUUUUUUUUUUAUGUGAAACUAAAUAUUGAUGCUGUCAAGUGACUGCAGUUUAGGGGCAUAAAUUACGAAUAUUCUUCUCCUGUGAGCCUCGCUCAAAUUUUGCAUUCAUAUACAGUAACGAUCUAAUGUCUUUCUAUUCCUGUAAGCCAUAUUAUUUGAUUGCCAGAUUACAUGAUUCCGUAUUGUGCUUAGAUGUCAGUGUUUUUAUUGUCAUUACCAAUAUUAUAUUUUAUUUUUACUGUAAAUGGUAACAAAAAGUUAACUGCUUCCUUACACUAUAAAAGGAACUAAGUCCCAUUUACAGAAUGUCUCUAAACAGAAAAUAUAUCUGGAAAAAAGAUAUGCUGAAUAAAUAAUUCAUAACAUGAUGGGCGAGUAGGAAAAAAAAAAAAGUCUUUUAAUGUAUUUUUCUACUCAGAACAAAACCAGACUUUAAAAAAAAAAUAAAGUAACCGGCUAUUUUAACAGAGAACAAAAUCAGCUUUAAAGAAGAAUGAUUGCAGGAGGGUCACUUCUCUGUGCAUUUUUACCCAGAUAUCAAUUUUGUAGGUAACAGAACUUAUGAAAUUGAAGAAUCCAUCCCCUUCUUUUUCCCGAUUCUUUUCUUUUUCUUUGUUCCACCCUCCUGUUUUUCCAUUAGCUUACUUCUUGACUUAUUUUCUAAACGAAAUGCCAACCCAUCCCACCAAAGGAAACCACAACAUUUCAAGGAUUUCAGAUUGUGGCAAAGCGAAUUAGCCCAUCUGUAAUAUAAACAGACAGCAAAUAAUUUCUUAAAGCCCUUGGAACCAAAGUCCCCCAGCUUAGGAGAUACGAUAAUGCCUUUCAGUGCAUUAUGCUCCAGAUUUCCACACAAGUAUAUACAAUAAAAAUGUAUCCCGAAAGCAUCCCUGAGAUGAUUCUAUGAUUCUAUGUCCAUCUUCUCAUGAAAUCGGAGGAUCUUAACCAACUAAACUGUUAACGUUAAGUGAUAAUUUCUUGCUAAGUAGUGAAGAAAUGCUGUGGAAAAAUACCUGGGAUGGCUCCAGCAGCCUGGGAGAUGUGGGUGGAUGUAACCCUGGGCUGGGGGCGAAGAGCAGAAACCUGUCUGCAGGGUUGAAGUUGGGACACAGCAAGAAGCAUCUGCUGCUCCAACCAAACCAUUGAAUCAGAUUUUACACUAGUUUUUCCAUGUAAAGGCAUCAAUCCUGAAUUGAAUUCAGGUGAAAUGAGACCCAGCGGGUCUGAAACUCUGAUGAGGCUCUUCAUAAGUUACCAGGGGCAGGGGGAGGGCUGGCCCUGGGCUGUCCGAAUUGCCCUUUCCUCAAUAAUUCACUAAUUACAGCCACCGGAGCCGCUGCGCACCGGGGUCGUUGGGAUCAGAUGAACCACCUGGGAGAAACGUGUUUGCAUCAAAGCCAGCACACCUGUGCCAAGUACUUUAUUUUUCCAUGUGAGCCAUUUUUGUCUUUAACGCAGGAGACUCGGCAGUAGAUGUGCUGGUUGUACGCGGCGGCGUGUCCGGCUCUGGCGAUCGGGGUGUCCGCGCCCUUCAGCCCCCGGAGGGAAGUAUGUAAUGGUGAUGGGUGUGGUGCGGUCCUGCAGUCCUGAACCUGUUCUUCGAGCAAUAAAGAUGACAGAUCUUUCUGAAAACCCCGUGCAUAAGAACAUGUGGAGCCUUGAAGUGGAGGAUUUGCACAGAGUCAUCCCCUAGAUGCAUUUUCUUCUGCCUAAAAUAACUGGAAAUGUACUUCUUUUUUUUUCUUCUAUUGGUGUAGAGCAUUGGACCAUUCUGUGUAUUUGUGGUUUCAAAAAACCACCAGCUACUCUUGGAGUAGAGCAAAGAGAGAAGUCGGGUCAGAGUUAAGUGGAGGGAUCAUUGCAUGUUUGAUAAUUAGCACAACGUUAAUCUAUGCCACAGUCUCUUUUUAUACCAGCAGAUUUGAGAAACACUUAUUUGAUUCUUUCUGAGUAACGUGUCUGUGCUCUUGAGAAUGCUACAUGUUUGUACAUAUGUUAGUUGCUGUUUCUAGGAACACGUGUUUAGAUGGUCAUUCCUAUAGCCCUGUGUUCUUGACAGCAGGGGCUGCACAGAAUUCGUGUUACCAGGGUGAGCUGGAUAUGUGGAAUGAAGGCAAAAUGUGCUUCAGUCCGGUUAGAUUGUGGUUGGAAAUAACAUCUCCGCCUGUGUUUUUCAGUAAUAACCACGUAAGUAAACUUGUAAGACAGAUGUGUCUUUCUAACUGUAAGCAGAGUCUUGUACUUAAGUACUUCUCUGGUUUCUGUGUUUCUGAAAUACUGGAAGUGGUGCAGCAAUAACCCCUCUGUUCCAGUGAAGUGAAAUUAACUUUCUCAGUGUGAUGCAGGAUUCCUUGGAAUGGGUUCUCCAGGUUCACGAUGCAAAUACCACCUCAUGAAAUAAGCUUGCUGUGCCUAAGUGCAUUUUUCUUUUCGAAGGUUUCGUUUCUUGUUCCAAUGUAUGCUAUUUUUAGUUGGUUAAAAAAAUCCUUAAAUACA